UUCAGGUGAUUUUAUGUUUUGCUUUUUUGCACAUACUUAAAAAUGGGCAUUGUAGUAUAUACGACCUCCUGUUAUACCAAAACACACAUAAGAGAUCAACAGAUCAAAGUUCUUCAGUUCAUUGAGGUGAAUAAUAUCGAUGCCGAAAUCAUUGACCUCACCAUGAAUACAUCUGCAAGGGAUAUAAUGAUAGAAAACAUGCCAAAGGAAAAAACGAAAGAUGGAGCUCAAAUAUUGCCUCCACAGAUUUUUAGCAAUGAUGAAUACUGUGGAGAUUAUGAAGAAUUUUUUCUUGCUAUGGAAAAUAUGACACCAUUUUCUUUCUUCAAGCUUGAUCCCCCUCCAGGUUCUUUUGAGGAAAAACUAAUUGCGAAACGUAAAAACGCUGCAUAAUUUUGAGCUACUAGAGAAAUGCGACAACUGUAUUUAAACAUCUCAAAACUGCGGAAUGAGGAAACUGUUUUUGUCGAUUAAGCACCUUUUAUUUUAAUUAGCAUGUGAAGAACACGAUUGUUUUCUUAGAAUGUUAUGAUAUGACUGCUGCUGUUGUAUAGGGCAGUUACAGUCCAUGAAAUUCACCAAAGUAGAAAAAAUGCUGCUGUAUUAGUACGUAAGUUGUUUAAAAAAUACAUUUUUAUUACUCUUGACUAUGAUGUAUAAAAAACAUUCAGCAAAUUUUCUUUGGUAGUUUGAGCUUCAUGGUGCAGUUAAGAGUUAAGACUAUUAUGAUUUACAGUGUUGUAAAGUAAUAAUGCAUUGUGCUAGCAAUUUCUUUAGAUUUGCACUAUACUGAAUGAGUGUACAUUAAUGUUGCAUAUUAUCUGUUUGUUCAUUGUGUGUUUCUAACUGUCAUUGUGGUAAAACUUGUUAAGUGUCGAGUGUCCACCUACCAAGGUCACCUUGAAUAUGUAUAUCUAGGGUUCUGACCUUUGGUUAAUUGUCUAAUUGUGUCAGUUAUCUUAAUCUGUAUGUGCCAAUUGAUUUCAUAUUCAUUGUAUCAGCAUUUAUUCUUUAAAGCUGUGCUCUUCCCAUUUGUUGUCUAAAUUUUGCGAAACUUUGAACUCUUGUUCAUUUUUUCUGUUAUUUUUUU